AUGUCCUAUCCGGCGGUUCCUAUCAAGAGCUCUCAUUCUGCAGAUGUGUGCGCUAGAGAGGAACCACUAUCAGAGCCUAAUAAUGACCAAGAGGAGUUGAUAGACGUCAUAUCAGCAGCCCUCUCAUCAUAUCUAAGGAAAUUGCCAUACCGGCAAAGGCAAACUGCAUUAAGCUUUGAUUUCCAGAAUAAGGAAAACAAAGAACCCUUCAAGGAUGGGCUGCACAAGAAGAGGAAACUCUUUACUGGUGGUAUUGUUUCUUGCAACUACAUUCAAGACUUCAAGAUAUCCAUAGGAGGAGUUUCAAACCGUCAGGUCCAGAAUGUAGAGAAGCUAAAGGAGCCUCAACUCUUCUAUUUGAUCAAUUGGAAGGAUAUCAAGAAGAAAUGCUAUAGCCGACCACAACCAUCAUACCUAUGGAGGUUUAAGGAAGGUUUCAAAGGAGGAUCAUACCCAAUCCCAAGGAACAAGGCGCGACCACAUGGGAAUGAUAAAUAA